UAAAACUGUAUUUGAAUUAGAUAAUAAUGAAGAGAAUAAUAAUUUAGAUAAUAAUUUAAAUAAUGAUUUAAAUAGUAAUUUAGAUGAUAAUUUAGAUGAUGAUUCUGAUUAUAAUUCUGAUAAUAAUUCUGAUGAUAAUUUAGAUAAUGAAUUAGAUUAUUAUAUUGAUAAAAAUUUAAAUAAUGAUUUGGAUAAUGAUUUAAAUAAUAAUUUAAAUAAUAAUUUGAAUAAUAAUUUAAAUAAUAAUUUAGAUAGUGAUAUAAAUAGUAAAGAAGAAGAAGAUAUUAAUAAUUAUUUAAAUGAUAUAUAUAAGAAUAAUAAUAAAAAUAAAUUAAAUAAUAGUUUAAACUAUUUUAUUUUAUAA